AUGGCAUCUGCUGAUAUCGAUACCACCUUGGCUAACCUAUCUCUUGAAGAAAAGAUUUCAUUACUAGCCGGUGGCGAUGUAUGGUUGACCGUACCAAUCCCUGACAAAGGAAUCCCAUGUGCCAAGACAACCGACGGUCCAAACGGUGCCCGAGGCAGCAAGAUCAAGGAUGGAAAAAGCGCAGCAUGCUUUCCAGCGGCUUGCAGUGUGGCCUCGACAUUUGACGUCGACAUUGCCCGCCGUAUCGGUGUUGCCCUGGGUGAGGAAACAUUGACAAAGGGGGCUCGUUGCCUCCUAGCCCCAACUGUAUGCAUCCACAGACAUCCGCUUGGAGGUCGCAACUUCGAAAGCUUCUCCGAGGAUCCUUUCUUGACUGGUCAGAUGGGCAUUGCUAAUGUCAUUGGACUUCAAUCCACUGACGUGUCAGCAACUGUCAAGCACUUUGCCGUGAACGAGCAAGAAACGCAGCGCCUCAAUGUCAACGCCGUCAUCGCUGAACGACCCCUCCAUGAGAUCUACCUCAAGCCAUUCGAGCUUAUCAUCAAGAACGCCAAACCGUGGGCCAUCAUGACAGCAUACAACAAGAUCAACGGACACCACGCUGAUUCCAACGAGUACUUGCUCAAGAAAGUUCUUCGUGGUGACUGGGGCUGGACUGACGGCUUGGUUAUGAGUGAUUGGGGUGGCGUUAACUCCACCGCCGAGUCGAUCAACGCUGGCGUGGAUCUUGAGAUGCCAGGACCUGCGCGUUGGAGAAAACCAGAAGUGGUGCUUGAAGCUAUCAAGCAAGGCAAACUAACAGGAGAAACAAUCACCGAAAGAGUUCGCAACGUGCUUUCCUUCCUUAAGCGACUGAAUGCUUUCGAAAACCCGAUCUGGAGCGAUCCAGAGGAACACGCCAUCGUCAACCCUCAACACUCGGCUCUCAUCCGUGAAGCAGGAGCCAAAGGUAUCGUGCUUCUCAAGAACGACAACAACUGCUUGCCUUUGGCGAGAGAAAGAAUGCAAGGAAAGAAGAUUGCUCUUCUCGGAUAUGCUAAAGAGUGUCUCGCUCACGGCGGCGGGAGCGCGUCGGUUAAGCCCCAUUAUAGGGUUACUCCGUGGGACGCCUUCCACGAGGCCUUCAAGGGUCAAGAUGUGGAGUUUGUCUACUCCAAAGGUGCACAUACGUUCCGUCAACUCCCUCUUCUCAUCGACCACGUUCUCGAUCUUGAGAGAAACCCGGGCUUCACUUAUCACAUAUAUGAGCCGGGGACCUCGACACCCACCAAGACGAUUCACGGUUAUGACAAGUCUGAAACGUCACUCUUGGACGGGCACAUUCUACACAACGUCGAGAUAGAUCUCAUCGGCACAUUCCACCCUCCCGAGUCAACCAACUAUUACCUCACUCUAGCCAGCCUGGGUCCAUCUCAACUGUUCAUCAACGACGAGCUUAUACUGGAGCAGAAGGCCAAUUGUCCAGACGCAAUGGGCUUCCUGUUUGGAGGAGUCCCUGUCCCCAAAGUCUGUGUCCCCAUGGAAGCUGGCAAGAAGUACACUAUCCGAGUUCAUGCUUCACCACCCGUCCCCGAUGGGGAUAAGGACCUUGGGUUUUUGGAAGGUCAGGUCGGAGUGCGCUUAGGCUACAUGUCCUCCACUGAGCAUGAUGCGGAUAUCUUGUCCGAAGCUGUUGACCUCGCCAAAUCGAGUGACUACUCCAUCAUCUUCACCGGAAACGACCCGGCAUGGGAGACAGAGGGCCAAGACCAAGCAAGCUUCCAUCUACCCAAGGAAGGCAGCCAAGACCACCUCGUCUCUACUAUCGCAGCUGUAUGUCCCAACACAGUCGUGGUGAACAGCACCGGUGUCGCAGUGGCCUUUCCCUGGCUGCAUCAAGUCCAAGGUCUCCUCCAGACGUGGUUCCCAGGUCAAGAAGCCGGAAAUUCCAUCGUCGACGUGUUAACAGGUGUGCAAAACCCCGAGGGCCACCUGACGUGUACGUUCCCGAAGAGACUCCCCGACUGCCCUGCCUACGGCAACUUUCCCGGAGAAAAGCACAGCACCCACGGACUAGAAGUCAAGUACGAGGAGGGCGUAUUCGUGGGAUACCGACACUUUGAUCGGCUGCCAGCUGAUGCAGUCAACUUUCCGUUUGGCUUCGGCUUAUCGUACACUACCUUUGACUUUGAAGGGUUUACCGUGCGCAAGCAAUCGGAAGAUGUCUUUGCAGUUCAACUCAGGGUCCGAAACACUGGGGCUGUCAAGGGUGCUACGGCGGUGCAGAUUUACGUUGGCAGCAAGAAUCCGUCUCCCAGCGACCCUAUUAAAGUCCUCGCCGGGCUGAAGAAGGUGACUCUGGAGCCAGAAUCGUCUACUACGGUCAAAAUUAUUGUUCAGGUGCGAGACUUUGCUUUCUGGGAUGAAGAGACUCAUGGAUGGGUCGUUAAGGCUGGGGAAUACCAAUUCAGUGUUGGCAGGUCGUCAACAGAGCUCGUGGCAACGUCAAUGGUCCAGCUUGAGCGCAAGACGUUUGCACCUUGA